GGAGCAGUUCCAUAUUCCGGCAAAGGCGGUCCCCGAAUGUUUGUAAAUAUCGGAAGUCUCAAGACAACGGAUGGCAUGAGUUUUGAAUUUGAACGUUUACAUGAUUCAAAUUGCUCAGGGAGUGUUCGUACGAUUUCACGGCUGUCGUACCACUUUCCAGUGCUUUUAAGUCACACAUGAUUUUUGUGAUAUAGCGCUCGAGUUUAUCUUCGGACUAGUGUCAUCCAGACUCGCGAUGCAUGCCCCCCUCCCACCGCCGUCGCUGCCCACGCCCAAGGCUAUCCGUGUUAAUACUAGAGGAGCAGUGAUACUCGCCGAGGAGUCGCCCGAGACCCGAGACAGUCGAGGAAUAUACCUUCCAAACUACAUCGAGCCAGUCUCACAUAUCGCAAUAGACAUCGGUGGAUCACUAGCAAAGGUCGUUUACUUUACUCGCUCUCCGCAGUCUUCUUCAUCCCCAUCUGUGAUAGCUACGCAGGGCGGUAGUUCCAGCGUUAAUAGCUUAUCGACGUCCAGUGCUAGCUCUCCAUCUACGUCCCCACUAAACGUCACUUGUCCUAUCCCCUCCAGCUCUUCGCAAACGCGGAACGGCACCCUUACACCCCGUGUCCUCGAAUACCAUUAUAACGGAAAUGGACACAGCAAUGGCCAGGGCCACUAUCCCCCCGACACCCCAGAUUCCCUCGACACAGACCUUUUGCACUCUACCAUCCUGAAACGUACUACCGAAGUCCGUCACAUCCCUGGCGGCUCUAUUAAUUUCGAGCGAUUCGAAACAUGUAACAUUUCCGCGCUUAUCACGUUCAUAUCGGAGCUCAUAACUCGGUCUGCUGCCGCGAAUGGGGUCUCUAUUGAGGAGAUGCGCCGCGGCGUUAAGAUCUCAGCCACUGGUGGCGGCGCACACAGGUUUGGCAAGCUGUUCGAGGGUGAACUCGUGGUGGAUGUGCAGAGAGAGGACGAGAUGGAGUGUUUGAUCGAGGGGAUGAAGUUUAUGGUGACGAUCCCAGAGGAGGUGUAUUACUUUUCGGAUGAACUCAUCCAGGAAGUAACGCAUCACGUAUCGAAGGAGGAGAUCGUGUCAGAUGGUCCUGCGCCAAGCGCGCCCAGCACGAGUGCAGAGCCUGUUCUGGAGCGGCCAUCGCCAGACCCGCCGCGGUAUGCCGUGACAUUCGAAACCAGCGAACCUUCUGCGCAUCUUCCUUGUUUACUUGUCAACAUUGGAUCUGGCGUGUCUAUAAUAAAGGUGGAUGCUGAUGGGUCGUUUGAACGUGUUAGCGGAACAAGCCUUGGUGGCGGGACCUUAUGGGGACUUCUCAGCUUGUUGACGCCCGCGCGGACAUUUGACGAAAUGCUUGCACUGUCCGAAAAGGGCGAUAAUGCUAGUGUGGAUAUGCUCGUUGGUGAUAUCUAUGGAUCGGACUACAGCAAGCUUGGACUCAAAUCUACGAUGAUAGCAAGUUCGUUUGGCAAGGUUUUUAGGAGCCGAGGCGAGGCGAAGGAGGAAGGGGAACGUGGGACGUUCCGAGCAGAGGACAUUAGCAGAAGCUUGCUUUACGCUGUGUCGAACAACAUUGGGCAGAUUGCGUGAGUUGGCUAGAUAUGGAAUGUGGAUGGGCUGACAGCAUGGUCAGGUAUAUGAAUGCAGAAAAGUAUGGUCUAGACAGAAUCUACUUUGGUGGGUUCUUCAUACGUGGACAUGCAGCGACGGUAGCUACACUGUCAUAUGCUAUACGGUUCUGGAGUAAGGGAACGAAACGAGCGUUAUUUUUCCGGCAUGAAGGAUUCUUGUAAGUCGAUGCUGCAUUCACAUUGAGCACUGCCAAAUGAAAUUUUCUGCGUAGGGGCUCGAUCGGUGCAUGGAUCAAGAACAUCGACGUGGAAGAGACGCCAACGUCAUAACUGCUGUCAUAUUCCUAAAUGGGAAGUGACUAUUUAUACCGCUCAUUCCCUUUGCAUAUACAUUGACUGUUAUCUCAUGUCCAUGUACGACGGAAGGAUAGUCU